CACUCAUAGACUUGGUUUCCAGGGGGAGCGAGUUUAAUGUUACUCCAGUCCUGUGCAGAAAUAAAGGUUGCUGCAGAAUGGCACUGCACUUGCGGAAAUGUUUCCUUCUUCCCAUACGAAGCAGAUUAGUAUUGCCACAGCAGCGAAUCAAGUCCGUUUACACCACUUGCGACGGGUUUAAUGAGGAGGAGAUCAGAGAGAAACUCCAGAGGUUCCCUGGGGGAUCGGUUGACCUCAGUAAACAGACCAGUGGCAUCGCUGUCCUCACUGUAAAUAACCCAGGUCGCAUGAACGCUUUCACAGGCACCAUGAUGGGUGAGCUGAAGGACAGAGUGGAUGAGCUUGAACAGUGGACCGAUGGGAAGGGUCUUAUUGUCCAGGGGGCUGCCAGUACCUUCUGCUCCGGGUCGGAUUUAAAUGCAGUCAGAGCGAUUUCAAACCCUCAGGAUGGAAUGAAGAUGUGCAUGUUGAUGCAAAACACACUAACCAGACUCCUGAGGCUGCCUCUGGUCAGUGUGGCUUUAGUGGAAGGUAAAGCAUUAGGUGGAGGCGCAGAGCUCACUACAGCCUGUGAUUUUCGGUUGAUGGCACCAGGAAGUGAGAUUAGAUUUGUUCACAAACACAUGGGCUUAGUACCUGGCUGGGGAGGAGCAGCUAGGUUGGUCCGUAUAGUUGGAAGUAAAAAUGCACUACAGCUGCUGAGCACUGCACGGAGAGUGGACCCAGACUAUGCAGUGAGCAUAGGGUUAGCUGAAGAAAUCCUGGCUUCCGAUGUGAGCAGAUCACUGGACCAAGCCCAGAAGUGGCUGAGUGACCACACCAAAGGUCCAUCGUCAGUGAUCAGAGCUUUGAAAAAGGUGGUGAUAUCUGGGAGAGAGCUACCCCUAGACGAGGCCCUGAGAAUCGAGAAGCAAGUUUUUGGAACAGUGUGGGGUGGACCAGCCAACCUUGAGGCUUUGGCUCAAGGACUGAAACACAAGGGACACAACACUGAUGAUUAAUAAAAGCUUGUUCCAAAUUAUCAUUAAUAAAGACUGUUUUCAAAAUGGUGAA